AUAUACAUACAUUGCAGAAAACCUCUUCCCCUCGAAUUAACUUCUGUGCUCGAUCACUUGGGCUCAUCUUCGAAUUCGCUUCUGAUCUCUGAGGAGUGUUCUCGAUUAAAGCGAGUUACAUCCCCAAUCUGUGAAAAUGCCUCUCAGGCUCGAAAUUAAGCGAAAGCUUGCGCAAAGAUCGGAAAGAGUAAAGUCCGUGGAUCUACAUCCAACAGAACCAUGGAUCCUGGCAAGUUUAUACUCAGGAACUGUCUGUAUUUGGAACUACCAAUCCCAGACCAUGGCGAAGUCUUUUGAGGUUACUGAAUUACCAGUUAGGUCAGCCAAGUUUGUUGCGCGCAAACAAUGGGUGGUUGCUGGAGCGGAUGAUAUGUUCAUUCGUGUAUAUAAUUACAACACAAUGGACAAAGUUAAAGUUUUUGAGGCUCAUACAGAUUACAUUAGGUGUGUUGCCGUUCAUCCUAACCUUCCUUAUGUGCUGUCAUCGUCUGAUGAUAUGCUCAUAAAGCUUUGGGAUUGGGAGAAAGGCUGGAUUUGUACUCAGAUAUUUGAGGGGCACUCUCAUUAUGUGAUGCAAGUGACAUUUAAUCCUAAGGACACCAACACCUUUGCCAGUGCAUCUCUUGAUCGUACCAUAAAGGUUUGGAAUCUUGGCUCUCCUGAUCCCAAUUUUACAUUGGAUGCCCAUCAGAAAGGGGUGAACUGUGUUGAUUACUUCACAGGUGGUGACAAACCUUAUCUAAUUACUGGUUCUGAUGAUCACACUGCCAAGGUGUGGGACUAUCAGGCCAAAAGUUGUGUUCAGACUUUAGAAGGUCACACACACAACGUAUCUGCUGUUUGCUUUCACCCUGAACUUCCUAUAAUCAUUACUGGUUCUGAGGAUGGUACAGUACGCAUAUGGCACUCAACAACUUAUAGGCUCGAGAACACAUUGAACUAUGGUCGAAGAGUUUGGGCUAUUGGAUACAUGAAAGGGUCACGCCGGGUUGUCAUUGGUUAUGAUGAAGGAACUAUCAUGGUCAAACUUGGUCGAGAAGAACCUGUAGCCAGCAUGGAUAACAGUGGGAAAAUUAUUUGGUCUAAGCACAACGAAAUUCAGACGGUCAAUAUAAAGAGUGUAGGAGCAGAUGUGGAGGUGGCUGAUGGAGAAAGGUUACCUUUGGCUGUCAAGGAAUUAGGCACCUGUGAUCUCUACCCGCAGUUUUUAAAGCACAAUCCAAAUGGAAGAUUUGUUGUUGUUUGUGGAGAUGGUGAGUAUAUCAUAUACACUGCAUUGGCAUGGAGAAAUAGGUCAUUUGGCUCAGCACUUGAGUUUGUUUGGUCCUCGGAUGGAGAAUAUGCUGUGAGAGAAAGUACAUCAAGGAUUAAAAUUUUCAGCAAAAAUUUCCAGGAAAAGAAGACUAUCCGACCUACAUUUUCAGCUGAACGAAUAUUUGGUGGUACUUUACUGGCAAUGUGCUCAAAUGACUUCAUCUGCUUCUAUGAUUGGGCUGAAUGCAGGUUGAUCCGUCGCAUUGAUGUUAAUGUGAAAAAUCUCUACUGGGCUGAUAGUGGUGAUCUACUGGCAAUUGCAAGUGAUGCAUCAUUCUACAUCCUGAAGUACAAUCGUGAUGUUGUUGCAUCUUCAUUGGAUAGUGGAAGACCUGUUGAUGAGCAGGGUGUUGAAGAUGCCUUUGAUCUCCUUCACGAAAUGAACGAACGUGUCAGGACUGGUAUCUGGGUUGGGGAUUGUUUCAUCUACAACAAUUCCUCCUGGAGACUUAACUACUGUGUUGGUGGUGAGGUAACUACAAUGUUUCAUUUGGACCGCCCUAUGUAUUUGCUGGGAUAUCUUGCCAGCCAAAGUAGGGUUUAUUUGAUAGACAAGGAGUUCAAUGUUAUGGGGUACACACUGCUUUUAAGCUUGAUUGAGUACAAGACUCUUGUUAUGCGUGGUGAUCUGGAAAGAGCCAAUGAAGUUCUGCCAACAAUUCCUAAAGAGCAUCAUAACAGUGUGGCUCGUUUCCUGGAAUCACGGGGGAUGAUAGAGGAAGCUCUUGAAGUAGCUACUGACCCUGACUACAGAUUUGAGCUUGCCAUACAGCUUGGAAGAUUAGAGGUUGCUAAGAGUAUUGCUACAGAAGUGCACAGUGAGUCUAAAUGGAAGCAGUUGGGAGAAUUAGCUAUGUCUACUGGCAAGUUAGAAAUGGCCGAGGAGUGUCUAAAGCAUGCAAUGGAUUUGAGUGGCUUAUUGCUGCUGUAUUCUUCUUUAGGAGAUGCGGAAGGAAUAUCAAAACUUGCAACCCUUGCUAAAGAGCAAGGGAAAAACAAUGUUGCGUUCUUGUGCUUAUUUAUGUUGGGUAGGCUUGAAGACUGCCUGCAAUUGUUGGUAGAAAGCAAUCGGAUUCCUGAGGCAGCUCUAAUGGCACGAUCUUAUCUCCCGAGUAAGGUCUCAGAGAUUGUAGCAAUUUGGAGAAAAGAUCUCAGCAAGGUUAAUCCAAAAGCUGCUGAAUCAUUGGCUGAUCCCGAGGAGUAUCCCAAUUUGUUUGAAGACUGGCAAGUUGCACUUGCAGUUGAAUCUAAAGCUGCAGAAACAAGGGGUGUUUAUCCUCCUGCAGAAGAGUACGUUAACCAUGCUGCUGAAUCUCGUGUUACUCUUGUUGAAGCAUUCAGAAACAUGCAGAUUGAAGAUGCAGAGGAGCCUCUUGAGAAUGGGGACUCAAAUCAUGAGCUGACUGAACAAAACGGAGAAGAGCAUGUCACGGAGGAACUGAAUGGAGAGGUAGGAAGCCAAGAGGAGGCAGUUGUAGUAGAUGCUGAUUCUGCAGAUGGUGCGGUACUCGUUAAUGGCAAUGAGGCUGAUGAACAGUGGGUGCUUACAUCACAUCACUAGUUAGCAUCAAGGACAGUCGGUUCUAGCUCCUGGGAAUAUUUAAGGUUUUCUGAAGGAGGCAUUAUUGUGCGGACUGGCCGUUUGUGUUUCCUGGUGUUGUGGUUUGGUAGUGCCCUGAGUUUGGUCAUUUUGUACGUGGUAUAAUACUCUAUCUCAUAGGUUCAGGUAGUUACAAAUUUACUAGAAUUUAUAGCAGAUUCUUUUUGAGGCUUUUGACCUCAAUGUUCUUGCGCCAUUGUGAAUUUAGUAAAGCGAAAUUAUGAUUUGCGUGUUCGGGCUCUA